AUGCCGGCCUCCUUGAGGGAGGGGACUGACUUGGGCUUCUGGUGCUUUUCUCUCUUCCAGCAGCUGGGGGAGGCCGAAGGAGGAGGAGACGCUGCUGCCACCACCACCGCCACCACCGCCCCCUCGGAGACCCAGCUAGCCCACGCGUGGCCCUGGUUUCUGCGUGGCCCGGAGGACCUGCAUUCCGCCUCUGGGGCGUUGCUCCGUCAGCAGCUGGAGGAAGAGAUGAGAGAGGUGCAGAAUUACGUUGAUCACGUCCGGGCCUUGACAGAGGCGCGGGAUGCUCUGGCGGCAGAAUACGAGCGGGAAAACGAAGAGCUGAGGACGAAGUUCACCCAGAUGCAGCUGGAGCACGAGUCCCAGCAUAAGGAGGUGGCCGAGUUGCUGGCGCUGGAGGGCUUGGCCGGCAUCGUCCACAGCAGCCCCAGCGAGCAGGUGGCCUACUUGCUGGUAGAGAGAAGCUCUUUGCUGGAGCGGAUGGAGGCUCUGGAGCAGGAGCUGGGAGCCCCCCACCGCCUGGGGAGACCCUGCGGGGCUUCCCUACAAGAUGAAUGGCAUCUCUUUCACCCGAGGACAAAGGAGGAAUUUCACCAGCUACAGCAAUCCCUGCACCACAUCGAAGGGACGGUGAGCAAAGGGGAAAAGAAAAGAAAUGGAGCGGAGAACUGGCCAGGAUCGCUGGGCAAGGAGGAAGAGAGGGGCGAGCAGCCUGUUGAGCCCUUGGCAAGACCUUCACUCCCCAGAGAACCCUUCUCGGCCCUGGACCCUGAUUCCGGCACUGCUGCGUCCGAGCUGUGGAAGGCCAGAGAGCAGAACCUGCCGACAGAUAGACUGCUGCUGCACGACCGGCUUUGCUUUCCAGAGGCAGAGAGAUGGGCCCCUCCGGGGGGCUUGUCAGCCAGCAGAGAGGCAGCCAGCGACCUGGGAGGCAGCUUUAAGCACGAGCUGCGCAGCUCCAAGGCUGAGCUUCUCCGUCUCUACGGGGAGCUGCAGGUGCUGCAGGGGGCCACAGAAGAGCGGGGGUCUCUGCGCCUGGCUCACGAGAAGCUGCUGCAGGAGAACGGGCGGCUUGAGGCCAAGGUCUUGGAGCUGUCCCACGAGUGCGAGCGCCUGAACCAGCGUCUCCUGAGAGAGAGGGAGGAGGAGGAGGAGGAGGAGGACGGGGGAGUUUUGGCAAGCAGACUCUCCUGCCCCGAAUUUCCAGCCAGGGUGAAGAUGUGGGAAGAAGAUCAGAUGCCGGACCAGGGAGCAGAUGGACAGCCAGUGUGCCUCCCUUUCUCCGAAGCCAGCAGGAUGGCAGAGCUGGAGAAGCCGGUCCAAGCCCAGCAGCGAGAGGAGGGACCCUUCCGGGAGGGGGAGAUCCUGGCCGUGCAGCGUCAGCUGAGCGCCCACCGAGAGAGGCGCGGAGCUGCGGCCCCGCCCUCCCCGCCCCGCCCUGGGAAGCGCCGGUGGGGACACGGAGCAGGUGUGGAAGGGGGGCCACCCCGUAGGGAGAGGGGGAGCACCCCACCCUUUCCUCAUCACCUCCCCUCUGCACGCAGGGACCCCCCCAGAAAGGAGCCCCGCACGCCGCAGGAAGAGGCCCCGGGGCUGCUUUGGGCCCCCCGACAGGCCCCGAUCUCCACCAAGAAGCAGCUGAGGCUGGAGCAGGAGAGGACUCUGGAACUCAGGCUCCAGAAUCUGCAGCUGCAGCAGGAAAACCUGAAGGUGCAGGCCGAGCUGAGGCAGGCCCAGGGGAAGCUGCGGGAGGCCUCCAGGGCCUGUGGGGCGCUGGCCUCGCGGGGGGAGCUCAGCCAGCAGCAGGCCAAGGAACUCGAGCUGCAGCUGCUCCAGCUGUCCCAGGCCGCCAAGCAGCAGAGCCGCCUGCGGGAGCAGCUGACCCAGGAGAGCCAGCGGGCUGCCCAGGCCGAGAAAAGGGUGGAGGAGUUGGAGCGGAGGCUGCAGGAGAGCCGGCAGCUCUCGGAGCCCCAGGCCGCCCUGGGCAGGAGGGAGCUGGAGGAGGAGCAGAAGAUGCGGGAGCUCCUGGAGCGGGAGGAGCAGCAGCGGAGGCUCUGGCGGGAGAAGGAGGCCCAGCUGCUCCGGGCCUUGGCUGACCGGCAGGCCCAGGUCCAGCAGCAGGAGGGGAAGCUGCAGGCCCUGGAGGAGGAGAGGAGGGUCCUCGCCAAGGUCCAGCUGCACUGCCAGGGCCAGAGCCAGAGGCUCUCGGAGCAGCUCUCCGCCCUGCAGCGGGAGAAGGAGGCCCUGUGCGAGGAGCAGAGGCAGGUCCUGAGGCAGGUGGACCUCUCCCUCAGGAAACAGAGCGAGCGGCGCCUGCGGCACAAAGUCCAGCUGCGGCAGGUGAAGGAGAGGCUGCUCGGUGAGGUGAAGCUGCGUGACUCUCGCAUCCGGCACCUGGAGAACGAGGUCCGGCUGUGCAAGAGCCAGGCCGAAAAGGACCAGCUGCUGAUCCAGCGGGUGACGAGCGAGAACGAGAGCCUCCUGCGAGAGAAGCGGAAGAGCCUGGAGCAGCUGCACAGCCUGGAGGAGGCCAAGCAGAGCCGUGGCCAGGCCCUCUGCACCCUCCAGAGCAGAGUGCAGCUUCUGGAGGGGGAGAACAGGCAGCUGCAGGACCGGGUCCUCCAGCUGAGCCUGCAGGUGGGCAUCCUGGAACGGGCCCUGCGCACCAUCCACGUCCACAGCCUGGAGGAGCUGAAGAGCCUCGGCUUCCCCGACUGCCCACUGCAGAGGAAGCUCCUGCCCUUCCCCAGCCUCAGCUUCUCGGUCACCCGGCUCUCGGACCCCAGCAGACUCCGCCAAGCCAUCAAGGAUGGGCAGCCGGCGGAACCCGGGCAAAAGGCCCUGCUCUCCCCGCUGGCCUUCCAGACCCCCAGGAUCGGCUGCGUGGACGUCCCCAGGAACCUGCCCGACUUCCGCGAGGACGAGCCCGGCCACCCCGUUGGCUGAAGGGCCCCGAAGCCUCUUCUCCGUCCUCGGCUGGGCUUC